AUUUGACAACACUACUGUCAGUUCCCUAAACUCGCAACAUCAUUCGGAACAAACUGUUUAGUGUUUCUAUUUGAAUUUAAGAAAAAGUUGUGCUCACUCGAGAAUAUUUCAUUCCCAUCAGUUUGCUUUGUAUCAGUUCAUAGAAACUAAAAUUAUGGACGGCUCGAAUGACUGGAGAAAUGCUCACCACAGCACCGGGACAACUAUUAUGGCCGUAGAGUUCAAUGGUGGAGUGGUAGUCGGAGCGGAUUCACGUACCAGUACGGGCACAUACGUAGCGAAUCGUGUAACAGAUAAGUUGACCAAGCUGACCGAUAAAAUCUACUGCUGUCGCUCCGGUUCUGCCGCAGAUACACAGGCGAUCGCGGAUAUCGUUGCGUAUUCGCUAAAUUAUCACGAAAAUCAAACCGGCGAGGAACCGCUGGUCUCGGAUGCAGCCAAUGAGUUUCGGCAGUAUUGCUACAACUAUCGUGACUCGCUGGUAGCCGGCAUCAUUGUUGCUGGCUGGGACAAAAAGAACGGAGGACAGGUUUAUUCCGUUCCGGUGGGAGGAAUGCAAAUUCGACAAAAUGUCACCAUUGGAGGAUCUGGCAGUUCGUACAUCUACGGGUUUGUUAAAGAACAUUACCGUGAAGGCAUGGCCAAAGAGGAGUGUAUGGAAUUCGUGAAGAAAUCCAUCUUCCAUGCCAUGUAUCACGAUGGAAGCUCUGGAGGCGUUUGCCGUAUUGGAAUCAUUACCGAGGAUGGAGUUCAACGACAUGUUUUCUUUGCUCCUCGUGAUUAUGAGAAUAAUGCCGGAGUCACAGCAGGACCGUCAGUUACUCUACAAGCCUAAAGCAGCUCGAGAAAAUAAUCACAAUAAUUUUUUUUUCUGAUA